AUGAGCAAGCGGUCGCUCGAGGAGUUUAGGGGAGGUGCGCAAAGGUCGCCCGACCCCGAUAACAAUGGCAUACUCCCUAUUCAUGACCUGCUCUCACCCGGCGAGGAGGAGCACGGGCAGUCAUCCGGACCGACCAAGAAGCCCCGGAACUUCAUUGCCACAGUUGCGUGUGAGACCUGUCGUCUGAAGAAGACGCGAUGCGAUGAAUCACGGCCCAGAUGUGGGCUCUGCAAGUCGCUUGGCCUGGAAUGUGUUUACAAUGAGCGUAAAUCGUCAAAACGGGACCAAUCCCUUACUAUGAUCAUGAGUACUUUGCAUCGUCUAGAGACGAAAUUGGAAAAUAUCCCCACGUCCAUCUUGGGUGAUCUGCAGUCUCUUCGGAGCCAGAUCCGUACUCCUGCCGAUGGAUUGCACACGCAGGCAUCACCUGCUGUCAACGAUAGUAACCAGACAUCCAUGCUGGCCGCCAUGGGAGACAACUUCACCCCCGCCGCAGCAGGGGAUGGAGAUGACUUUGAAUUUGAAGAGAACCAAACACAGCCUGACUCCGCAGGUCGAAUCUCUAUCUCUUUCAGUCAACAUGGGGUUAUUCUGUGGCCUGGAGCCCGGCAGAUCCUCCCAAAGCAGUUACUCGCUGCCUAUGAAUUGCUUGGGAAAAACUAUGUCAUUGAAUUGGAGUCGGCGCGACCUCCACUUCCAAUGUUCACAAGUCAUUAUCCUCUCCAGGCGGGAGAACAUUGGCUAGAAGAGCUUCCGUUGGCGAUGAUCAGAGGCCUGGCAGAUGCAUUCUUCAGUGUUUUCAACCCAUCCACCCCUAUAAUGGAUAAGGGGUUCUUCUUUUCCUUCACUCUUGGCUCAGCUAUUGAGAGCGGUUUCGGCUACAAUUUGGAGAGUUGUCUGGUUCUCAAUGUGCUAGCACUGGGAUGUCUUGCUGUCCUAGCCUCUCAAGAAGGAAACUAUCCUUUGCCAGGAACUCUGGGUCAUCAAUUCGAACCACCUGAAUGGAUGAAUGUGGUCUAUGAAGAACAGCCUGGACUUCGGUUCUUCAACGAAGCUCGUCGACGCAUUGGCUUUUUGAUGUGCGACAAUGACAUCCAGAGUUGCCAGUUCUACCUCCUCUCCUCUGUAUAUUAUAGUCAGAUUCCCCGUCCGAUGGACGCUUGGGCAAUGAUUCAUCGUGCCGCUACAUGCUGUCUGUCAAUGCUGACCAACCAUAAUGUAAACUUCGAUGGAUGGGAAGGUGACAUGAAAUCCCGCGUAUAUUGGAAUUGCCUCAUGAAUGAAACAAUCCUCGUCCAAGAGCUACACCUCCCAUCAAGCGGCCUCUCUCGCCUCGAAGAACAAGUCCCAAUUCCCAAAUUCAUCGGCUUCGAAACGACCGGCUACGCCGCAACCCGCUACAACUCAUCAAGCGUGGUCGACGACUCAUACUUCCAAUACCACUUCCUAGCCCAGGUAGCCCACCGCAUCAUCCUCACGCGAAUCCGCCACUCCCUAUACUUCUACUCCGACUCAGGAUCCUUCCCCCUCCCCGCUGUAAACACAGAACUCAACCACCAACUAGAACAAUGGCGCACCAACCUCCCAACAGCAAUCCAAUUCACAAACCCAGGCACUAACAGCCACACAAACACAAAUACUCCCUACUCCUCAAACAACACACCAAUUGACCACUCCUCCCUCCAUCCCUCACCCGGCUCAGCAGCAUCCCCAAUCCCAAACCAAACCCAACUCUCCUCCCCAAGACCCAGAACCACAGACCCGACACGUCCCCUCUCGCCGGCAGUAGCAGUGACAGAUGCCAUGCUGAAAGGCCGCUACAUGAUCGCCCGCUUCCACAUCGGCCGGCCGUAUCUAUAUAAGGCCCUUCGGACCCCGGCUCUCCUCACAGACGAAGACUUCGAGCAGGUGAAGAGCGGCCUAUUGAAUGCAAUGGAUUGGCCCAUUACGCAGGGUAUUUUCCGGAAGAUGAAGAGUUGCAUUCCGAUCAGGUUUGCGUUUUGUUCGCAGUUCUUUGGUCAGAUACUCCUCUUCUACUGUAUCGCUCACUCACCUAGUCCUCGUCUCCGUGAGACUCUGCCUGGUGGUUGGGAACGCUGGGUUAGGGUGAUGCUGGGUUUCUUGGAAGAUUGUGCUGUGCAUAGUCCCGCUGUUGCGCAGGAUCUGGAGCUUUUGCGGUCUUUAUGGCCUGAGCAUUAG